AUGCUGUCGGAGGCAAGGUAUUUGCUCGAAGGACAAAAAGAAAGAUUUAGAGCAGAUUUUAGAUCGAAUGCAUCGAAGAUAUUUAGGUCAACAUUAGGAUACCUGGAUGAAUUCUGCAGAAUCAAAGAUAAGUCUGUUGCCGAGGAUCUCCGCACAACCUUUUCUGGGUUAGGCUUCAGUGAGCUUGAAAUAGCCUUGCUUGGGUCCUUGUUUCCUCAGUCUGUUGAGGAAGCCAAGACCCUUAUUCCAUCUCUGGCCUCAAAGAGUGAUGAUGCCAUUGGACAGGCUGUAGAGAAGAUACAACAGCUGACCUGA